AUGGUCUCGCAGCCCGAUCCUUCGACCUCUCUAACCAUACGAGGCCCUUCCUCGGUCGUUUCGCGUCCUUCCCUCUCACGCACGAAGCGGUACAACAGGUCUCACGUCGGCGGCUCCACCUAUAUUGCCCAGAAUGAGUUCCCCGUCUUCACCAACUCGGGCGAUGUCGAGAUCAUAGUCAAAGCCGCCGGUCGCCAGAAUCGCUAUGUACUGCAUCGCCACACCCUCACCAGGUGCUCCGGCUUUUUUGAGGCCAGCACGAGUCACGAAUGGUCCAAACCCGUCUCCGAUGCCGCCUCCGGUGACCUUGCCCGCAUCAGUGACGGGUCAUCGGCGGAGUCUUCCACAAUCACAACCUCCCACCGAGCCUUGACCUCCAUGGCCACCCGCAAACGAUGGCGCUAUGAGCUGGACCCUGGCACCGGCGAUGGAGAUAUUCCGAUGUUGGUGCAGAAGGAUGAGGAUCGCUCCAAGGCCUCCGCCUCCGGCUCCGGGUCGUUGUUCGGUCCUGGCGCCAGCGAAAGCGGCGGCAUGCGGAGCCAGACCUCUUCGCACUCGCAUUCCUCGUCUGCUCACUCAAGCAACAGCUUUUUUCGGUCCGUGGCCAACUUGAGCCUAGCGCCUGGCUCAACAUCAGGCCCGCCUCUGUCUCAGGCUGAUCAAGACUUACUGCGGGAUUAUGACAACUUAUUCCGCAUCUUCUACAAUUAUCCCCCGGCCUUAGACGGCGUCAACAUCGCGGAUGCGUACGUGCAAUGCAAGUCGCUCCUCACACUGGCGGACCAAUACGACGCACUUGCCGUGGUCGGCCCCAGGGUGGAUCACCAUUUGCUGCAGUUCCAGUCCAGGCUUUGGAAGCAGAUUGCCAAGUAUCCCAUAUCCUAUCUUCGCCUCGGCUACCUGGCUCGCAGCAAGGUCAUGUUCCAGGAGGCCCUGAUACAUGUUGUUGGGCAAUGGCCGGCCGGCGAGCGGAGUUUGCGUGCUGCCCUCCCUGACAUAGUACUCGACAUAAUCGAAGACAAGGUAGAUGAGCUUGAGGAAAUCGUCAGCCGCGUGGAGGGCCGCUUAUUUCGCCUGACUCUCAUGACAGCCAGGGGCGAGCGUGUCACGCCUGGCACGUCGUACCUCGACUGGCUCGCGGUCAGCUUGUUCCGGCAGUGGUUGGCAGAUAACACCAGUCCUCCGACGAUGGAUCGACGUGUCCAGAGCCGCGAUGGCAGGGGCGUGGACUCGCAGCAACUCGCCCUGCCUGCCGCCGUGCCUCCCCUCGCUACUAUUGGUCGUACCUAUCGCACUCUAGGCGCUCCAUCACCCUCCUACCUUGGCCACGACGAAUGCAAGCGAUUCCUGAAAUUGACACCAGAGCUGUACAGCCGAGAGAAUCUUCGUCGCUUCGAGAAGCGCGUGGAUGAACUCAGAAUGAUGGCUCGUGAUAUCGUACGGCCGCUAAUGGGCAGCGGCCUGGAGUUAGAUAUCAGCAGUGGGAGAACUGCUGAUGGAAUCGGGUAUCUGACUUGCAUCACUGUGGGCGACCGUGACCUCCCAUGGCAUCUCGAACACUAG